AUGAGUCAUACUCUAAAAUUAGCAGUCAAUUAUGACUUAAUUAUUAUAAUAUCAUCAUCAAGAUUACAUGAUGAAGAUGAACAACGUCAACGAUAUAUUCCAACACCAUCUCAAUUUUGUCAAGAUGAUGGUUCUUAUUUAAUAUCAUGUUCAUGUUCAUCAUCAUUAGUCGAUGUUAAAUCACUUGAUAAUGAAUUAGGAAGAAUAUCAUAG